UCCUGUGGUUGACAGCGGAGUUGUCGUUGCGGGAUUUUCUUCGCCUCCGCUGUGCACUUCUGCAGCUUCUUUGGCGUCGGGAGCUAUCGCGGCAGUCCGCUGCGGAUCCUUGGGCAUCUUCUCUUCCGGUCGAUUUUCAAGUUCGUGAUCAUGGCGGACGCAGCGAAUGGUGCCUCCGAUGGCGUUGAGGUUGUUCCCCAUCAUGAGACGUACGGGGACAUCCAUCCGCCGGUGAAGGCCAAGAAUGUGGAGGAGCUCCACGCGCUGCAGAAGGCGGCAACGUCGGAGAAGGUCGUUCCUCCAGCGCAGUCGAUCAGCAAGUCGAUGGCGUCCAUCUCCGACGGCAAAGCCGUCGGUCAACGGCCGCGCUCGUUGCUGAGCGACACCGACCUGAAGGUCGCUCACGUGCUGUACAACCUCUCUCCCGGGGAGCUGUACGAGGAGGCGAUCAAGUACGAGCAGGGGUCGCACAUCACGUCCACCGGCGCGUUGGCCACGCUCUCCGGAGCGAAGACGGGUCGUUCUCCAAAGGACAAGCGCGUGGUGAAGGAGGACGAGACGCAGGCCGAUAUCUGGUGGGGGGAGGGGUCGCCGAACAUCGAGAUGGACGAGGCGACGUUCCUGGUCAACCGGGAGAGGGCCGUUGACUAUCUCAACUCGUUGGACAAGGUGUACGUGAACGACCAGUUCCUGAACUGGGACCCGCAGAACAGGAUCAAGGUGCGCAUCAUCACGGCGCGCCCGUACCACUCGCUCUUCAUGCACAACAUGUGCAUCCGGCCGAGCCCCGAGGAGCUGGAGGAUUUCGAGCCGGAGUUCACGAUCUACAACGCCGGGCGCUUCCCGUGCAACCGCUUCACGCACUACAUGACGUCGUCCACCACCAUCGACAUCCACCUGAAGAGGCGGGAGAUGGUCAUCCUGGGCUCGCAGUACGCCGGCGAGAUGAAGAAGGGCCUCUUCGGCCUGAUGAACUACCUGAUGCCGAAGAGGGGCAUCCUCUCGCUGCACUCGGGCUGCAACAUGUCCAAGGACGGGCAGGUGUCGCUCUUCUUCGGGCUGUCGGGGACGGGCAAGACGACUUUGUCGGCGGAUCCGAACCGGUAUCUCAUCGGCGACGACGAGCACUGCUGGAGCGAUAACGGGGUGUCCAACAUCGAGGGGGGGUGCUACGCCAAGUGCAUCGACCUGUCCAAGGAGAAGGAGCCGGAGAUCUGGAACGCGAUUCGCUUCGGCACCGUGCUGGAGAACGUCGUCUUCGACGAGCACACGCGGGUGGUGGACUUCACGGACAAGUCGGUGACCGAGAACACCCGGGCGUCCUAUCCCAUCGAGCACAUCGACAAUGCCAGGAUUCCCUGSGUGGGCCCGCACGCGAGCAACGUCAUCCUCUUAACAUGCGACGCCUUCGGCGUGCUCCCGCCGGUGAGCAAGCUCACGCUGGCGCAGACCAUGUACCACUUCAUGAGCGGCUACACGGCGCUCGUGGCCGGCACGGAGGUGGGCGUCAAGGAGCCCAAGGCGACCUUCUCCGCCUGCUUCGGAGCCGCCUUCAUCGUCUGGCAUCCGGCCAAGUACGCGUCCAUGCUGGCGGAGAAGAUGCAGAAGCACGGCGCCACUGCGUGGCUGGUCAACACCGGCUGGGUGGCGGGGAGCUACGGCACGGGCUACAGGAUGAAGCUGCCGCACACGCGCAAAAUCAUCGACGCCAUUCACGACGGCUCGCUGCUCCAGGCCAAGUACGCGUCGACGGACGUGUUCAGUCUUGCCGUCCCUGAUCAUGUCGAGGGUGUGCCCGAUGAGGUGCUGAUGCCGCAAAACAUGUGGCCGGACAAGGAGCUCUUCGACACGACGCUGAAGAAGGUCGGCGGGCUGUUCAAGGCCAAUUUCAAGAAGUUUGAGGACUACACCGUCGGAGGGGACAAGAAGCUCACGGAGGAGAUUCUUGCGGCCGGCCCUCAGCUGUGAGGGAGGGAGCGAAGGACCUGCUGCUGCUGGAACAUCAUCGGGCGGGCGGAAGGAUUUUGUCUCGUAUAUGCUCAGAAGUUAGAUGGUUGUUUGUUUGUUUGUUCAACGAGCUGCUCGGUCAAGGCAGCAGAUUAGUCCGUGAUGGGAUCUGUGGAGAUACAUGCAGAGAGAAAAAGUGAGGGGAGGGAGUGUUGCGGGAGUACCACCGGAGGAGUACCACCUAGUGCGUACUUGUUGGCUGAGUAGUGAGGAGUCUGAGGACAAAUGAACAAACAUUCUUUUUAGGUGUGUGGAAUAACCAGCAUCUCGCUUACGCACGCAAUGAACGGCAUCAAGGACC